GAGCCUAGUAAAUGCAGGCAAUUUACAAUAUUGUAUGACAAGUCACUAUUCUCUAUAAAACCUGAAUCAUGUGAUCCCUGUUAUCGAUAGUAUAAAGGAAAUCACAAUUCACAUUUUACUCGAGUCUUCGUAUAACGAAUCAGUGAAUAGUGCAAAUUCAUUGUGAAAUUUUAUAAACAUACAACAUGAGUGCAAAUCGAUCAUCACAAAGCAACACAAAUUAUUUAAAUAGCUUCACUAUCAAAGAUGGAAUAAUAAAGGGUCAGGAUUGUCCAUUUUUGGAGAGAGGUCAAGUUAGCUUUGGACAAUAUUUGUUAGAUCGGAUGAGAAAGAAUCGUAAACUCACUGGUCAGAUUGAUACAACAACUGGAAAUAAAGAUUCAUUUGAAUCUAUGAUAGAUCGGAGUAUCAGAUGUGCAUUAUGGUUGCAAAGUGAAGGCAUCAAAUCAGGUGAUACUAUUGCAAUAUGUACUCACAAUCACAAAGACCAAAUAAUUCCUGCACUUGCUUCGUUGUAUAUUGGAGCUGUUUUCAAUCCCUGGUGGGAUCAUGGUUUAACCAAAGAUAUAGCGAAACACUUUGCGAACUUGGUGGAACCAAAGGUCUUGUUUGUCAAUGAAAUGUGGUCCAAACUAUCUGCUGAAGUUACAAAAGAAGUUAAACCUGAUCUUAAGAUUGUAGUCUUUGGUCAUGCUCCUGGACUGGAAUCGUUUGAGAAGAUUAUAAGCAAACCAGGAACUGUUGAAGUAGCAAACUUUAAAUGUGCCACACUUCCAAGUGUUGAACAUCCUGCACUUAUUCUUUAUACAUCAGGAACCACUGGGUUACCCAAAGGUGCACUUCACUCUCAAAAGUCUCUGUUUGGUAAUAUAAAACUAGCGGAAGAAGUUAAUAGCCGUUGUCAUUCAGCAUUGUGCUAUUCAACGCUUUGUUGGGUUACUGGGAUAUUUUGUUCUUUCUUGGCAAUCACAAAAGGAAUGACAAGAAAUAUUCCCGGACCAUUUGAAGAAGAAGAUGCAUGUAGAAUUAUACAAAAUUACAAGAUCGAUUGGAUUCUAUCAGGAACUAGUAUGGCAAAUAGACUUCUUAAAUCUGGAUUCAUCUCUAAAUAUGACGUAUCAUCCGUCACUGACAUUCAUGUGGGUGGUGCACCUCUAAAGGAUGAAACACAAGUGGAGCUUCGUAAAGCAUUUAAAAAUGCUUCAGUCGUCCAACUCUAUGGAGCAACUGAACUAGGAGGAAUAGCAACAAUGCAAGAUGAGCAUUAUAAAAAGAAUUCUGUGGGAAAUGUUGUGAAGAAUUGUCAAUUAAAAGUAAUAGAUCCAGAAACAAAUAAAAUAUUAGGACCUAACCAACAGGGAGAAUUAUGUGCUAAAACACCACAUAUGAUGACAGGAUAUUGGAGAAAUCCAGAAAAAACUAAAGAAGCUAUUGAUCCAGAAGGAUGGUACCAUACUGGAGACUUGGCCUAUUACGACGAGGAUGGUGCAAUUUUCAUUAUCGAGCGACUGAAAGAGUUAAUAAAGUGGAGGGGCCAUCAUGUGCCACCUGCAGUGAUUGAAAAACUCAUUCAAACACUCCCAGGAGUAUCAGAAGUCGCUGUAGUUGGAGUACCUGAUUUAGAAGAUGACGAAAGACCGUUGGCUAUUGUCACUCUUGCACCAAAUUCUAAAGUGACUGAGCAGGAAAUUCACCAACUUGUGGAUAAGAAUUUACCUGACCAAAUGAGACUCAGAGCUGGUAUCAAGUUCGUUGAUCAAAUACCUCAUACUGCCUCAGGCAAAAUUAGUAGAACAGAGCUCAAGGCCAUAGCGAAAACUUUUUCACGAGAUUAACACAUAUAUUAACAGACAAUAUCUUUUCGAAAGAUUUACUAUAAAUUUUCAAUUUAGAUUCAUUAUUAAAUUAAUCUUUAAUACAAAGAAAUUAAAAUCUUUUAAUCAAUAAUCAAAUUUUUUUUCUAAAAGCACCUAGAUAAAAAAAUUUCACCUACUUCAACAAAGUAAAAAAUGUCAAUAUUAUUAUAACUAUGAGAAUAGAAAUAAAAUAUUGAAUCAAAUCAUUUAUGGAAUAGUUGAAGGUCGUUGUGAUUAAAGUUAUUUAUCCAGAACAUAACAGGAAACCUUCCUUAGUCAUAAUUAAAGGACUAAAGUCCACCAAAGGUGAAUAAUUAUAGCAAACUUUUUCAAAUAAACUAUUCAAUAAAGAAAAAAGUCUAUGUAAAAAAUUCAUUAAAAUACCAUUCAAGUUGGUAAAUUCUAUUGCAAGAAUUAAUAAACAAUUGAGUAAUUAACACUUGAUAAAAAUAAUUAUAUAGAUCAGAAUGACUGCAACUUAAAGUGAUGUGAUCAAUUAAAUUCGAAGAAAAAUAACAAUUUAUUGUACAAAGCGUAAAAAAUUGACAACUGUUUGAAAAAUCUAUAAUGAAAUAAUUGAAGUUAAAAUAUUAAUUAUUUAAACAAGCUUCAUUAGUAUGUAUAGUCACUGCAAUUAUUAAUGUUGAAAUUAGUCUUCAGAAUGACGAAACAAAAUGGUAAUAGAAUAAAAAUAUAAGUGCAAGAAAA